AUGAAACAUCAAUGGAUAAAUAUAGUUUAUUAUUUAAAAUCUCAUUUACAAUCAUCAUUUUCUCGUUCAUAUAUACGUCUUUAUUGGCAAUUUAUAUUUCGUUAUUUAAUUGAAAAUUUUCAUAGAAAUAAUCAAAUAAAUAUAAAUUUCUUACCACAAAUUUUUGAGAUAUUAUUUUAUUCCCCAACAAUAAAUCAUUUAAUAAAUCCCGAAAGAAUAUAUUUAUAUAAUGAUAUUGAAAGACGUUAUAAAAGUCUUCCACAACUAUUUCAUGGAGGUCGAUCUGAACAUGUAACAUACAUUGAGAAAUUUGAUCCAAAAUUAGAAGAAUUAUUAUUAAUAAAUUUACAUUUUUUAUAUGAUUAUAGAGAAUGGUUAAAUAAUAAUUCAUUAAUUCAAACAAUAAUUAAUCGAUUUAUAAAUAAAAUAAACAUAUCUUUAGAUAAUCAAUAUGAUUUAGAAUCAUGGAAAUUAAAUUAA